AUGGACAAAACUAAGAUCAUGUUUAAUGUCCAUGUCACACCUAUGCCGAUAGUUGUUGGGAACACUAAGCUCGAAGUUGUUGACGAGUAUGUUUACCUGGGACAAAUAGUCCGACUGGGUAAGUCCAACUUCGACCGAGAGGUCAAUCGACGGAUUCAACUCGGCUGGGCAGCGUUCGGGAAGCUACGACACAUCUUCUCGUCAGACAUACCUCAAAACCUUAAAACGAAAUUGUACAACCAGUGCGUGUUGCCAGUGAUGACUUACGGAACUGAGACGUGGUCUUUCACUGCUGGCCGUAUGAGGAAGCUCAAGGUCGCUCAGCGAGCUAUGGAGAGGGCUAUGCUCGGAGUUUCUCUGCGUGAUAAACUUAGGAAUGAGGAUAUCCGCAGUAGAACCAGAGUGACCGACAUAGCCCAACGGAUUAGUAAGCUGAAGUGGCAGUGGGCCGGCCAUAUAGCUCGAAGAACCGACAACCGAUGGGGAAGAAAGGUUCUCGAGUGGCAGCCUCGUCAUAUGAAAAGGAAAAGGGGUAGACCAUGUAGAAGAUGGGAGGAUGACAUUAAAGCCAUAGCAGGAGGCAUAUGGACUAGAACUGCUAAGGAUAGAGAGGAAUGGAAAAGGUUGGAGGAGGCCUUUGCCAAUAAGUGGCAUACAGACAGGGUUGUCGAUGUACAAUAG